GUAUGUUAGCAAGUCAAACUGAUAGUAAGCAUCUGGCUCCACUUCUUGAAUUUAUUCGCUAUUUAAGAAACUUGAGGACACAUGUGGAGGGUCGUCUCCCUAGGCGUCUUAAUGGGCCCUCCCAAUUUACAAGUUUACCUUUCCCCCGCUUGUCCUUUUCUUUGAAAGAGGACAAGCUUGAAGGGGAAUCCUCCCAAUAUGUGGAUGACUUUUCUGAAGGGAAUAUACAGUCCCCUGAAAUUGAAGCAAAAUCGAAUUCAACUUCGGUGGCUCCGUCAGAAGAGGAUGAGAAAGAAAUUCAACCACUGAAGCGUAUGCGCAUUAAGGAGGAACCGAGUGGUUUUGUUUUGCUUGAGUCCUCAUGUCUUCCUAUGGAAUAUCAGCUCAUGUCGAAGGGUACACAAAAAGGAGUGUAUAUGGCAAAAUUUGUUGACCUAGACCUUUCGGUUUAUGGCUUAACUCCUCUUAAAGUGGCUGAUAGGGUUGACAAAAAGUUUGCAAAACUAGCUAUGGGGGAAAGGUGUUGUUAUCUACUGUUGGGAACAUCUCUUAUCGUUACGGGUGUAAUCGUAGCCGUUGAUAUUAAAGAAGAAAAAAUGCAGGUAUCACCAGAUCGUGGACUGAAUACAGAUGUUGAAUGGAUCGAAAUGUUUCGUUUAUAUGAAAUUCCGGUUGAUCUAGAAUCUGUUCAACGUUCAGUAACAGCGCACAUAAAGAAAACUAUGGAUAAUGCUCUUUCUGAAUCUAAGAGCUGAGGCCGUUUAGAUCUCCACUAGUGUAUCAGUUUGUUGAUAUAUAUGUUUUUUCUGUUUAGUUAUGUAUUUCCUUUUCGAGUA